CUGUCGCAUAGGCCACAUAUCACAAUGCGCCCAACUGUGCAGUGUCUCGCGCCUGGCGGCUUCUUCUCUCGCAGCUUGGACGAGUUUAAGCGCCUCUCACAGUUUGCUCUCAAGCUUGAAGGCUUGAGCUCUCCUCGUAAACCCUUCCCUCUAGUCCGCUUUCAAACUGCCGAGGAUCUGAAGCAAUGCAAGAAGAUGAGUGACAAGGAUAUCGGAGGCUUCUCUACUGUCAACUUCGAUCACCACCCCGUCACCCAGACUGAACCCGCACACGCACGCUUCCACGGGACCAUAUCCACACAACUACCCCACAAUCAACCGCACAUUCAGAGGACAGGGUACGCAGGGUUCAGGACACUCGAACGGGGACGUACUAUCUUCGGUCAGUCAUUUUGGGACGUGAGCCUGUACGGGUACUUGGCCUUGCAGUUCAAGUCGGACGGGCGCAAAUACUUCGUAAACGUGCAGACCGAUUCAAUCGUACCCACAGACAUCCACCAGCACCUGCUUCAUUCGAAGACGCCGGGAGAGUGGGAGACAGUGCUGAUCAAAUGGAGCGAAUUUGUACGAACGAACCACGGUCAGGUCGUUGAGCCGCAGAGGGAGAUGUUGACACAAAAGGUGCGCACAGUAGGCAUCUCGUUGAUUGACAGGAUACCAGGUCCUUACGAUCUGAGCAUUGGUAACAUAUGGGCGACAAAUGCGACUGAGGAGGACGAUAUUCUGCAGAGUGCGCCGGGUGUCAUUCAGGGCCUGCCCGUAGGCUCGCUCAGGCGGGGAGAUUACAACAAAAAUGCUGGGAGGAAAGACUCUGUGCAGGAGGAAACAGUGCGCGAUAUCACCGAGACAAAUAGAUAGGAAAGAUGAUACAGUUCGAU